UCAGUUGAGCUCAGGUUGGUUUUUCAUGUCCAGUGUUUCGAAGAACUGGUCUGAGAGCAGGCAGUACUGCAAGGAUCGAGGUGCUGAUCUGGUCAUAAUCAAGACUGAAGUCAAACAGCAUUUCAUAACUUCACUUAUCAAUGUUGAUCGUGAGAGGGUGUGGAUUGGUUUGACUGACAUAAACCAAGAAGGCACAAUGCAAUGGGUGGAUAAUUCAACACUGGAAAAAGGGUUUUGGCAGGCAACUGAACCAAAUAAUGACCGUGGAAAUGAGGACUGCGUUGAACUGGCAUCUUCACUUCCUCCCCUGAACAACUGGAAUGAUCUUCCAUGCUCGAUUAACCUAAAAGCGAUUUGUGAGAAAUAGGGUUCACCCCAUCUUUUUGUGUUUUUUUUUUUUCUUUU